AUGCUUGACGGGACGUUGGUCGUCAAUGAGUAUAUUGAUAGCGAGGAAGAAGAUGAUGAGGACGAUGAGGAGAUUGCCGCAAGUAACUUGAUCGUUGUAUUCGACGAAACACAACCUGUUGCGGUGGGCCCUGUGGCAGGUGAGGAUAAAAGACUAGAAGAUGAGGAGGAUGUUAGACAGGAAGUAGAUCUAGUCAACCAGGAAAAAUGCCCAGAAGUGACUGAAGAAGAUAAGGAAGGAGGACUAGGAGUGACCGAAGAAGAUAAGGAAGAAGGUCUGAGAGUCACCGAAGAAGAUAAGGAAGAACUAGGAGAGACCAAAGAAGAUAAAGAAGGUAUGGAAGUCAGAGAAGAAGUUAAGGAAGGAGGACUAAGAGUGGCCAGAGAAGAUAAAGAAGAAUGUCUGGGAGUCACAGAAGAAAUGACUGAAGAAGAUAAGGAAGGAGGACUAGGAGUGGCCGAAGAAGAUAAGGAAGAAGGUCUGGGAGUCACUGAAGAAGAUAAGGAAGGACUAGGAGUGACCAAAGAAGAUAAAGAAGGUAGAUAG